CAUACCUGGAUUCUUUGUAUUUGAUUAUCUCCAGAUGUUUUCUUUUCUAUAUCUGUAUGCCAUUAAUACACUCAAUUAAAACUUUUUGAAAAAGAAGAAAACUUCAGAGAAGUGAGAGAGUUUGAAAAAACUUUUCAGCUUUGCAUCACUGAAGCCACAGAAGGGAAAUUCAUAAGUCAGAAUAACUGUGUCCAUUCCAUACAUUGUUGAAAAGAUUGCUAAUUCACUUCUGAGUAAACCAACAUGCGCUCACUGUCUAUGAAGUAUAAUGAGUUAUACUGUAAAUAGGUGUGUCUGUCUGAAGAGAUCCUUGAAUCACUGCUUUUAUCAUUACUGCAACACCCACAGGAACUUACUUGCCCAGGUGAGGCAGAUUUAAAAACGAAAGACAACAGUUCCAGAGACUAAGAGCAGGAUUUAGGUAGACUUCUGUCAGUGAGAGGAGAAAAGAUCUGGCUCAGAGCAGGUAGGAUGUGGAGAGCUGAAAACUACCCCCUUGGCAUUGCAUCUGCGACAAAGUGUUUCUGAAUUAUAGGUGAGAAAUUACUGGUGUGCUUUCAAUAGAUUAUCAACUCAUAGUGAUUUGGUAGCAGCAGCAACUGAAAGAAUUACUCUGUCAAUUUAGAUUCUCUUACCCAGAAAAGGCUCCCUGCUUUGCUGAAAGCAGAAUUUUGAGUUUUGUGGAAUCUCAUCAUCAUGUGGAAGAUAUUGCUUUUUGUCCUAGUCUCCCCACAGCUAUUGCUUGCACAGAAUGCCUGCUUACAUGGGGCAUGUUAUCCACCUGUCCGAGAUCUCCUUAUUGGAAGAAUCCAUCACUUGAAAGCCUCCUCUACCUGUGGACUUGUCCAGCCUGAAACCUACUGCACUCCAUAUGGGGAAUGGCAACUGAAAUGUUGUCGGUGUGAUUCCAGAACCCCUCGUGUGUUCAACAGUCACCGGAUAGAAAACGUCCUGUCUUCGGCUGGACACAUGAAAUGGUGGCAGUCCCAGAAUGAUGUGAAUCACGUCUCUCUUCAGCUAGAUCUGGAUAAGAAGUUUCAGCUUGAUAGCAUCCUGUUGGACUUUAGGAGCCCUUUGCCAGUUGGAAUGGUGAUCGAGCGUUCCACCGACUUUGGCACAACCUGGAAGGUUUAUCAGUACUUGUCCACAGAUUGUGCUACAUCAUUUCCACAGAUCUCCAGUGGUCUCCCACAGACAUGGCAGGAUGUGCGUUGCCAGGAUAUGCAGACUCAGCACAGACCACCUCAGAAUGGAGGAAAGAUCGAGUUCAACCCCAUUGGUCUUGCAUCUGGGAUGACAACAUCUCACAGCCAAAAUGUCAACAAUCUGGCAGAAUUCACCAAUUUGAGAGUGAAUUUCACACAGUUGUCCCGCCUUCCACACCAGGGAUAUCGAUUGCCUAGUGCUUUCUAUGCCUUGACGGAAAUGCAAGUGCAAGGGAGCUGCUUCUGCCAUGGGCAUGCUGACCGCUGUGCUGCCCCAGAUGCUUCUUCUGGAGAACCAGGUGCUAUGAUUCAUGGUCAUUGUAUGUGCCAGCACAACACUGCUGGGGCAAAUUGUGACCGUUGUGCAGCAUUUUACCAUGACCAGCCAUGGAGACCUGCUGAAGACAACAGUCCUAAUGAAUGCCACCAAUGCAACUGUAAUGGACACUCCAACAAGUGUCAUUUUGAUCCAGCUGUGUAUGAGGCCAACGGAGGUGUAAGUGGCGGUGUAUGUGAAGACUGUCAGCAUAAUACAGCAGGGGAACAUUGUGAACAUUGCAAAACCAACUUUUUCCGUAACCAACGAUUUGAUCUUGGUCACCCAGAAGCUUGCCUCCCUUGUGAAUGUGAUCCGGAUGGCACUGUUCCUGGUUCAAGUUGUGACCCUCUGAAUGGCCGCUGCGUCUGUAAGGAUAAUGUACAGGGAGACCGUUGCCACCUAUGCAAGCCUGGAUUCACACAGUUAACCAACUCCAACCCCCAGGGCUGCCGAGAUUGUGCCUGCAACGUCUUGGGCAGCCGCCGUAACAUGCCCUGUGAUGAUGAAACCGGGCGCUGUUUCUGCCUUCCCAGUGUGGUGGGAGAGAAGUGUGACACCUGUGCUGCAAAUCACUGGAAAAUUGCAAGUGGUGAGGGCUGCCAGGCCUGUCAGUGCAACCCUCAAAAUUCUCUCAGCCUGCAGUGUAACCAGUUUACAGGGCAGUGUCCAUGUAGAGAAGGCUAUGGGGGCUUGACCUGCUCUGCUCUAGAAAUUCGGGUUUGUCCAGAUCGAUCUUAUGGCGACAUCAGGACAGGAUGUAGAGCUUGUGACUGCAGUUUUGAAGGCACAGAAGAAAUGGGCUGUGACAAGCAGACAGGGCGGUGCCUUUGCAAGCCUGGCUUUACUGGAUCCCGCUGUGACCAAUGUCAGCGAGGUUACUGUGAUAACCAACAAUACUGCGAGGCAUGCCACCCUUGCUUCCAGACCUAUGAUGAUGAUCUCCAUCAGUUGGGUUUGCGUCAGGCCACCUUGAAAAAUUCCACGCAACAGCUGCCAGUGGGGACAGUGAGUUCUGCCUUCAGUACCCGCCUCUUAGAAGUAGGAAAUGAAAUCCAGCGCAUCCAAGGGAUUUUGGAAAAUCCUCUCACAACAGAGCAGGAACUGGACCAGGUGACUAAAGCCGUUGCUGCAAUCAGGAAGAAUAUUGAAGGUUUAAGCUCAGAAAUCCCUCUGACGGAUGAAGUGUCCUCCCUGUCCUUAGAUGUUGAAGCCCUUGAUAAGAGUCUGCUUCUGAUAACUGCACAGUAUCAAAACAAGGAAGCACUGUUAAAAGCCAGCCGCAGUACAGACGUUUCAGGAGCAUUCAAGACUGUCAGCUCUGCAUAUCAGACAUCUUUCAAUGCCAGUAGGCGGAUAGCUGGGUCUUCUACACUACUGGCUAAGUCUGUGGAAAACAGGCAAAGUGCUGAGAAGCUUGAAAGUCAUUUUACGAGUCUUGGGUCAGGAUUAGAAGCUCUGCAGAAUGAAAUGGCAUUCUCUCCAAACUUGACUCCAGUCAUUAAUAAGAUUUGCAGUGGUAUGAGAUCGGAGAUCUGCUCCCCUGGGGAAUGUGUUGGAGAACUGUGCCUCAAGCAGAACACAGUAGAAUGUAGUGCUGACCUGAGCUGCAGGGGGAUCCUUUCCCUUGCUGGAAACUCCAUCCAAACUGCCCAGAAAACCACCCAAGAGAUCCGCAACCUGAGUAUUCGACUUCAAGAAACUACACAAAUGAUCAGAGAUAUGGAAGCAGCUGCCAACAAAAUUCAGACAAAUGCCCAAAGCCUGGGAGACCAAAUGAGUAUAACUCGGACGCAGCUAGAGGGAGAUAUUCAGCGUACACAGCAGUUCAUCCGCCAAGUCCGAAACUUCCUGUCAGACCCAGACAUUGAUGCUGCUACCAUCCAGCAGAUCAGCGAGUUUGUUCUCUCCCUUCAUCUUCCUACUGACUCCGCUACGGUUCUCCAAAAAAUGAAUGAGAUCCAGAAUUUGGCUGCUAAGCUUCGGUGCCCUGAGGACAUCAUCGCCCAAACUGCUGGGGAUAUUGCUAAGGCCAAAAAGCUAUUGCAGGAAGCUGAACAAGCCCGUACUCGAGCCAAUGAUAUUGAAGGCAAUGUGGAAGAUGUGGUGGAGAAUUUGAGACAAGCAAGAACAGUACUUCAGGAGGCUGAAGAUACUAUCAGUGGCUCCAGUUAUUCCCUCCGACUCAUCCAAGACCGCCUUGAUGAGAUUCAGACUGUCCUUGGUCCAUCUCAGCAGAGUUUGAGGGACAUCACUGAUCAACUGGAUACCUUCACACACAGAUUUAGUCAGCUACAGAACAAAGCCAGUCAGGAUCUGCGGAGGGCUGCAGAUGCUCAACAGAGAGCAACAGAGGCCAGUGAUGAAGCAAGAAGCACUCAGCAGAGAAUGGAACAAGUGAUCAAAAAAUAUUCAGAACUGAAAAACCGGAUAGGAAAAGGGAUGAACAUGGGUGCACAAAGUACUCGGGUCCAAAAUGCCCACAUGGAAGCUGAUACAUUAUUUAAAGAAGCUUUGAAUAUGAUGGCCAAAAUGGAAGGUAUAGGGGCAGAAAUCCAGAUGAGUAACAAGGAGCUUGUCCUUGAGUCAGCCAAACUGGCAGGCCUGGAAGGAAAAGUGGAAACAAUUCGUGACUAUAUCAGCCGCCGAGUUACGUAUUAUGCUACCUGCACGGAUUAGAACAGUUUGUUGUUAUUUCACAAUGAAUGCCUUUUCUUUUUUGUUUUUCUUUUGUGUGAUAAGCAACCUUAUCAGUCUUUAAUGUUGGAGCUUUCCGAGUUUUUUUUAUUUCUAGAAUUCACCUUUUGAAUCAACUUUUUCUGAAGAAUGCUUUUUGCAAAUAAUGUGUUUAUUUUGAGCAUUGUGUCCUAGAAGAAACAAGAUUAAACCUGGAUUUUACAAGGGUAAAAAUCGUAGAUAGCUAUGAAGAUAUUUUAGAAAGAACAAUGAUGGCUUGCACCUUGGCCAUUAUAAUGCAGGUGGGCAACUGACAGAUUUUGUCAGUCGCCCACCUGCAUUACUGGGUCGUAUAUCACUCUAAAUCAAAGAAAACAAAUUUCCUAGUCACAGGCCACUUCCAGUAUUCUUAAUAACCAGCAGUCACUUGGAAACAAUAGGCUUUAUUAAGCACAGUAUAACUAAACAAUUUACUGGUUUGGAAGCAAAAUGUCAUUCCACCAAGGGAAAGGAAUGCUGUGUAAAUUAUCUCUAUCCACUGGAACCAGUACAGAAACUCCAUGCAAGUUGCAGUGAAACAAAUGGCAACUGUGCUUGGCUCAUUGUGCCCCAUAUCAUAAAUGAAAGAGACACCAGUUGAGUCAGCAUGGGAUGCUUUCUGCUUAGAUCACAUGCACCCAGCACAAAACAACAGCAACAACCCCCCCCCCCCCACACACACACACACCAGGCAAUUAUUCUCAUAAUUUAGUGAACUUAGCAGGAAUACAACAUGCCUUCCCGCAAAGAAGAUAUAACCUUAGGAUGCAAAUAAAUACACUGAAACUGCUAGCAGAAGCCUGGUAUCUUUCCUUCAUAAAAAUGUUUUCCCAGUUUGUAUAAAUGGUCCUUCUAACAUUUCAGGAGAAUUGCACCAUCUGAUUCCUCAGGCCUAUGAAUGCGCAGCACUUCAAGGAAAGGCCUCUGCCUUCUGAGAGCACAGCUCUUCCUGGCAGAAUUCUGGUCAAGUCCUUUUCUCUUCUUGAGCAACUGAGGCUUGAGUUUGAAGUUUCGAAGAGAAUCCAACAGUCCUUCUGAAAGACAUGUGAAAAUUAUACCACAUAUGUAGCACUUUCGACUAUAACGUUAUUUUCCAAUUAAUUCUUCAUUUCUGAUUGUUUGUUAAAGGACUGUAGAACAGGUGUGUGUAACCUUUAGUCCUGUAGACGAUUUAAAGCUAAACUAGAUGAUACAUUUCACACCUUUGGGGGGGGGAGUAGAGUUGCUCCUGGAUGACAUCUUUCAGUCAUAGUACAUGAUUGUGAUCACCAAUAUAGUUUGCUCUUACUGUGCUUUGUUUUGUGAUUGGUCACUAGAGAGCAAAAACACAGGCUUAAUUUGUGAAACUGUUUGCUAAGGCCCAGAUCUAUGAAUCCCACAAGGGGAUGAAAUGGGGGAUUUAUUGCACAAUAUAUGCAUUUCCAUUAGCACUUAGUUUGGUACACACAGUAUUAUUUUCAGAGUUCUUUUUCACUGUUCAUGCUAGAAUUCAUUGCAUCUCCUCUCCAAGACUAGUGUCCACACUAGGUGACAAUUCAUAUAACAGAAUUAUAACUCUAUUAUUUUAUAUUAUAAUAACUCUAUUAUGGGAUUUGCAGAUUAGAGGGGGGAAUUUUGAAUUAUCAUCAAGAGAACUCUAAUGCCUCACCAAAGUGUAUACCCAAGGAUUCCAGUUAAAGUGGAAUAAUAGUGUUAAAAUUCAGUAGUGCUAAUGAGCCCCUGUUCAAGAGGAAAUGGGAUACCUUGCAAAAAAAAAUUCCCUGUUCACUAAGCACUAAUCAAAGAUAAGAUAUUAUGCGGCUAGCAUUUCAGCACCAUAAGUGGUGCGUUAACCUUAAACAGAACAUUUUGGAUCAUUAGAAAGCCCUUGUGUAAUGUCUAGAUCUUGACACACUUACCUGUAAAGGUGUGCACAUGAUAUGGCUGACUUUCCUAUCACAUCACCAAACAAACUCCAGUCUGCCCAGUGCCAAAAUAUGAAUGGUUAUUUUUUGCUGGAACAAGGACUUCUGAUUUGAAGUGACUGAAUUUUGAAAUAGAAAAUUGAAAGCAAAACAAAAUAAUUUUCAAUGUGAAUAGAAGGAAGCAACAUAACAGCAGAGACAGAGUAACUGAUGUCUUCCAGAAGAUGGAUCCCAAUCCUCAAAUCCCUUAUCACUGGCUGAUGGGAGUCAGUCUUGAACUGAUGGGAGACAGAGGCUAGCAACAUCUGAAUGGCUACAUCUGGUGUACCUUAUAUGCAUAUAAAUGAACUAGCUGAUGCAUGGAUUCUUCAUAUAUCUAUUAGUUGAGUAGCUAGUGAACUAUUCAUUUUCAGUAACCAUGACAUAAAUUUGAAACUCAAACAUAAAAUCCUCAUGACAGAAGAACCAAUGGAGUCUCAGCAACCUAAUUUUUCUCAACAUGGUUUAUCUUUCAUAUACAAAUCUGGGCCACAAAUCUAGAAUUUGACCAAAAGUCAUUCCUCAGUGUCCACAUGACUCACAAUGACAUGGGGUAAAGCUGGUUAAUGUGAUUUUGUCCUUUGUUAGGUAAAGUCGGGGGGGGGGGGUGUUGUGUAGCUUUCCUGAAACUGCUCUACACUUCAAGGUAUGUGUGAAUAACUGUGGAUUCCCCACUCCCCUCUCCAAGUUGUGCAGGUGCUUUCACUAACAUCAGCACAUUCUUUCAGCCUCUGGGGUAAGCAAUGGCAAAACUCUCCACAAAUCCUGCCAAGAGGACCCUAUGAUGACUUCAUCUUAGAGUGAUCAUAUGUCAAAAAGGCACACCACUACCACCACAACAGUGUGGUACAGUAGUUUGAGCAUUGUAAUACAAAUCCAGGCUCAGCCAUGGAACCCAUUAGAUGAUCUUGAGCAAGUCACACACUUAACCUCUGAGACAGGCAAUGGCAAACUUCCUUUGUACAAAUCUUGCCAAGGAAACACUGUGAUAGCUUCACCUUAGGGUUGCUGUAAGUUAAAGGCACACAAUAAUACCAAUAGUAACAUUUGCUACCCAGUGAGGUUGUAGCUUUUGGGAGAUGAUCUCUAAUGUAAUUGACUUUUGUAUUGUUAUAAUUGAUCCCAACUGUCCUUGCUGUGGCCUCUGAAGGAGAAAACAGCAGACAGCAUCUGCUGCGCUUAAUCCCUUAUCUCACUGUCAUUCCCCUUUCCUUGUAUGUCCUGUCAUAUUAAGAUUGUAAGCCUGAGGCCAUGAAAAUAUCAAAAUAACAAUG